UUUGCUUCUCACUGUAUUCUUUCAGAAUAUGAGAAGAAGAAACCACUCUGACAGAAAACACAGCACAGCAAAUCUCUUCAGAAAUAUUCAAAAGGUGGGUCACUGUAUUGUACAGAAAAAAAUAAGAAAAGGGUAUUUAUCUUUUAUAUGAGAGACUGAUAAAGCACAAGGUAAAAUGAGACACUAAUUAUUCAAAGUACCAAUGGAUAUUAGAAUUCCACUAUUGUUUUUCACAGCAGGAUGGCUAUGAGAUAGAUGAGUAAAGUGUUCACAAGCACUGAAUUGGAGAUUAACAUUAGAUAAUGACUAGUUAGAAGGUCCAGUGGAAAUUAUGGACAACCUAAAAGACACAAAUUAUAAAUUAUAGAUCAUAAUUUAAAUUCUAUCUCAGUUAUUUUCUUCAGCAUCGUGAAGUUUGUAGAUGUUACCUUUAAAUCUGUAUCUCACUGCCCAAGCUAAUCAUGACUUAAUUUUGGGCUCCACACUCAGUGCUUCUCUAGCCUUUCUUAUAUUUUCCAAACCUCUCUUUAUCUUUUGCCUACUUGCUAAAUUUUCUUAAAUGUAGUAUUUAACUUUAGUCUUCAGAGAUUAGUAUUAUUUUCACAUAACACUAGAACUAUUCCAUAACUUAUUUUUCCAAUCUAUCCCCUCUUUUGUUAUCAAUGAUUUCCCCAUUUUUAAGUGCACAUAAUUUUUUAAUAUUGUAAAUACUUAUAAAUUUCCAUGUGUUUUUGCUCGUAAGUAUCUGUUUAUACAUCCAUUGUCAUCAUAGUUUUUGUCUGAGAAUAAGGAUCAGAAUGAAUAUAUUUUAAUUAAAAUUGUUCUUUGAUGAUUUCAUACAUGUAUAAAAUGUAUUCUGAUAACUCUUACCUCACAUACUCUUAUCUCCUUCCCACAUUUUUCAAUCCUUUCUUCUCCUUACAAAUCUCUUUGCCACACUGACAUGCUUUUGUUUUGUUUUUAUAAUCUGAGUUUAACCAGAGUCUUCUGUGGAACUGUGAGUUUGGAACUACGCAUUGAAGCAUGGUGGAUUUACCAGUGGGUACAGGAAAAAAUGAGUGAUAAUGGAAAAGCUCAAUGCAAGUUCUGAAGAUUAUUUUAUCCUUCUGGGUUUUUCUAAAUGGCCUCAUCUGGAAGUUGCUCUCUUUGUGGUGAUCUUGAUAUUCUACUUGAUGACACUGACAGGCAAUCUCUUCAUCAUCAUCCUGUCAUACCUAGAUUCCCACCUGCAUACCCCUAUGUACUUCUUCCUCUCAAACCUCUCUGCUCUGGAUCUCUGCUACACCACUAGCUCUAUCCCUCAGCUGCUGUUCAACCUCUGGGGUCCAGAGAAGACGAUAUCCUAUGCUGGGUGUAUGCUACAACUAUAUUUUGUCCUCGCACUGGGUACCACAGAGUGUGUUCUGUUGGUGGUGAUGUCCUAUGACCGCUAUGCAGCUGUGUGCAAACCUUUACAUUACUCUGUCCUCAUGAAUCCUCGUUUCUGCUACCUGCUGGCUGCAGCAUCCUGGGUAAGUGGCUUUACCACCUCAGCACUUCAUUCCUCCUUUACCUUCUGGGUACCCCUGUGUGGACAUCGCCAAGUGGACCACUUCUUCUGUGAAGUCCCAGCACUGUUGCGGUUAUCCUGUGUUGAUAUCCGUGCAAAUGAGCUGACCCUCAUGGUCAUGAGUGCCAUUUUUGUUGUGAUACCACUUAUUCUCAUUUUGAGCUCCUAUGGUGCCAUCGCAUGCACUGUCCUAAGAAUGCAGUCAACCACUCGACUUCAGAAAGUUUUGGGGACCUGUGGAGCCCAUCUUACUGUUGUGUGUCUCUUUUUCAUUCCAAUCAUGUGCAUUUACCUUCAGCCUCCAACAGAAAAUUCCCAAGAUCAAGCCAAGUUCAUUGCCCUCUUCUACACCGUUGUCACCCCUAGCCUGAACCCUCUCAUCUAUACCCUAAGAAACAAGGAUGUCAGAGGAGCAGCAAGGAGGCUGAUGGGUGUGAGAGGGAGCAAUGAGAGAAGCCUCCACUGUGUAGUCUUUGAUAAGAAUGCCUGA